AUGGCGAGCUUCUGCAACAGUGGGCAAUCUUCAGUGCUUGCAGGAAACAUAGUCUUGUAUCCGGACGAUUUCGGGCAUCGCACCAUGAUGACGCGUUCCAGCAGAUGCAGAUCUCGCGGGCAGGCAGGUUGUGUGAUCCUCCUUGCCUUGGCGCUUUCCUGCCGCGAGCUGCUGGAGGUCCAUGUUGGAUCGUCAGCAACAUCAAGCACUGCCUUCGCCAUGGAGGAUUUUCACGCAGCGGGCUUGCGUGAUGCAGCUGCUUCGCUGUGCAGCUUGUGUGUGGCUGCCGCAGUGAUGAUUCCCUCUGUCAUGCUCGGUCCAGUAGUGGCUAUGCCACCAGCCUGUGCCCUUCUCUGCGCACAGAUUGCCAUGAUCUAUGGGCAGUCAUUGCUGCUGUGCUUAUUGGUGGCAGCUGUUUCGGCAAUGCUCGCGCACGGGCUUCUCUUGGUUCCCAGCAUCGCGUUUCAAUAUUCUUUGCCGAUAGUCCUCGGCCCGGGAGCAGGUCUGUGCACUGCGAAGAUCUUGGGCGGAGACCGCUGUGUUCUGUUUUGUGUCGCAGCCCUUACCCUACCUGUUCUGGUACACUGUGCUUUGAUGCUCCGAGUGAUGAAAGUUGCGAGCUGGCAGUAA